AUGGCUCAGGCAAAAAAUUCAGUGACUCAGGAUCAGUUUUGCUGUCCAGUCUGUCUGGAAACACUAAAGGAUCCAGUUGCUAUUCCAUGUGGACACAGUUACUGUAUGGCGUGUAUCAACAACUGCUGGGAUCAGGAGGAUGAUAAGGAAUCAUACAGCUGUCCACAGUGUAGAGAAACCUUCACUCCAAGACCUGCUGUGAGUAAAAACAUUGUUCUGGCUGAAGUUGUGGAGAACCUGAGGAAGAGAAAAUCCAAAGUUCCACUUCCUACUGGAGCUGAAGAUGUGGGAUGUGAUUCCUGCACUGGGAGAAAAUACAAAGCUGUUAAAUCCUGUCUGGUGUGUUUGGCCUCUUACUGUGAAACUCACCUCCAGCCCCACUAUGAAUCUCCUGCUUUUAAGAAGCACAAGCUGGUUAAAGCCUCCAGACGUCUCCAGGAGCAGAUCUGCUCUCAGCAUGAUAAACUGCUGGAGGUUUACUGUCGUACUGAUCAGCAGUGUAUCUGCAUGUUGUGUACCAUGGAUGAUCAUAAAGGACAUGAUACAAUAUCAGCUGCAGCAGAAAGAACUGAGAAACAGAAGCAGCUGCUGAAGAUCCAGAAAAAAUUUCAGAAGAAAAUCCAAAACAGAGAAAAGAAACUUUAUGAGCUGAUAAACGCUGUGGAGUCUCACAAGAGCUCUGCACAGACAGCAGUGGAGAACACUGAGAAGAUCUGUACUGAACUCAUCAACUCAAUUAACAGAAGAUGCUCUGAGGUGAAAGAACUGAUCAGAGAUCGAGAGAAAGCUGUAGUCAGUCAAGUUGAAAAAGUCCUGAAGCAGUUGGAGGAGGAGAUUGUAGAUCUGAAGAAGAAAGAUGCUGAACUGGAGGAGCUUUCACACACAGAGGAUCCCAUCCAUUUCCUCCAGAGUUUCCAGUCUCUCUCAGCUCCUGCUAGAUCUGCAGAAUCACCCGUCAUCACAAUCAGUUCUUUCCUCUCAUUUGAUGAAGUUACAAAGUCUGUAUCUCAGCUGAGAGAGAAAGUAGAAGAAUUCUUGGAAGAGCAGUUUAAGAAGAUACCGGAUGAAGUGAAGGAAGUUCAGAUCCUUCCACCUCAAACCAGAGAAGAUUUUCUACAAUAUUUCUGUCGGUUCACACUGGAUCCAAACACAGUAAAUAAACGUCUCAGUCCAUCUGAGGAGAACAAAGUGGCGACCUGUGGUUCAUCAGAACAGUCGUAUCCUGAUCAUCCAGAUAGAUUUGAUUAUUUCCUCCAGGUUCUGUGUAGAGAGAGUGUGAGUGGACGCUGUUACUUGGAAGUUGAGUGGAGUGGGAAUGAUGGGGUUUAUAUUGCGGUGUCAUAUAAAAGCAUCAGCAGGAAGGGACGUGGUUAUGAGUGUGUGUUUGGAUAUAACGAUCAGUCCUGGAGGUUGUUAUGUUCUCCAUCCAGAUUUUUAUUCCUGCACAAUAACAAAACAACUGAAAUACCCAUAAUGCCAAGUUCCUCUAGAAUAGGAGUGUAUGUGGAUUACAGAGCAGGAACUCUGUCCUUCUACAGCGUCUCUGACACAAUGAAGCUCCUCCACAGAGUUCAGACCACGUUCACUCAGCCCCUCUACCCGGGGUUUUGGGUUUGUCCAGGAUCGAAAGUGAAACUGUUUUCCAUAGCACUUCUGAUUGGCUUUGAGGGGGGGUGCUCCAGAGAUAAAAGAGCUACCUUGAGGACAUGA